CCUUGUAUACAGUAUGUGUAUUAUGUUCCUUGUAUACAGUCUACGUACUGUCCCUCGUCGCGUGCGCGCGAGGGACUCUCACCUUCCAGGUGUGUCGCGUGGGAGCACUUCCGGUUGUACUUUGAAUGAAGCCGGUCUCACCAUGGCGUCCGAGCAGCUGGACAAGAUCACCGUGAUCACGAAGCUGUCAAACCAAGCCCGACAGGAGUAUGAGGGCCUGCAGAGGAAGCACGAGACGGCAGCCAUGGAGUGCAAGAAGCUGGAGCAGGAGAGAGACGAGGCCGUCAAGAAGCUCAAUGAGUUCCAGCAAGUUUCUCAGAUGGUCAUUGAAGAGGUCAACGUUAUCCAGCAGAGCCUGGAGAUCGAGAGGACGUGUAGAGAAAGUGCUGAAGCCCUGGCAUCCAAGUUGAACCGUCAGAACCGCUCCCUGAAGAGGAAGAGCAUGAUGCCGCUGGCCCACCUCAGCCCAGAGACCAUCACGGAGAUCAACCUCGACGAUGACGAGGAUGAUGACGAUGAGGAAGAGAGUGAAGAGCUGCAUGCAGCCAACGUCUGCCUCUCUCCGCUGUGCCAGCCCACCAUCUCAGGUGCAGAGCUCCGACACACGUCGGAGGAACAUCGAGCAGCCCGGGACCUCGAGGCAGCGAGAGAACAACUCAGGGGAACCAGAGAAGAACUGCUGAAAGAGAAACACGACAACACUGUUCUGAUGGCCGAGACCGAGCGGCAAAAGAAGCUCCUGGCCAAGUAUAACAGAGUGUCUCAGUUCGCUGUGGAGGAGUACGAGGUCCUGCAGGACAGCUUGACGCUGGAGAGGGACUUGAGGAGCGAGGCAGAAGGCUUUGCCAGAGCGAUGGUGGUGGAGCAAACAAAGCUGAAGAGACAGAGUCAGAUCCUGAUGCAGAGCUCCUCGCCCAGUCACGCUCUGCAGGAAGCCCUCAGCCAGGUCACCAGACUGACCCAGGAUCUGGAGACGCAGAGGCUGGACCACCAGAACCAGAUGAAGCAGAUGGAGGACGAGCUGCGGAGCUGCGAGGCUCAGAGGGAGCUGAGGGCGCUGAGGCGUAAGCUGGAGCUCGUGGAGGAGGAGAAGAGGGAGCACGGCGACGACUGCUCCACGGCCAAGAGGGACGUCAAGGAUCUGCAGCACACAGUCGAGGAGCUCCGGCAGAAGCUGCAGGCGGUGACCAACCCGCCCCGAGCUGCAGCUCCGCCUCCACCACCGCCUCCUCCUCCGCCUCCGCCUCUACCUCCUCCAGCCUCAGCUACGCCCUCCAACCCACUCAGUUCGCUGUUGUCAUUGAUCCGAAAGAGAAGAGGCGGCGGUACCGACGUCCCCCUGGGGGUCCGGGACUCGGCCCAGACACCAGACGUCAGGCAGCAGGCGGUGGACGAGAUGAUGCACCGGAUCAAGACGGGCGUUCAGCUUCGACCCGUCGGCCAAUCACCGAACAGAACCAGGAGACAGAUGGAGAGGCGGCCCUCUCAUUCUGCCAUUCAGGAACUCAAAGGCAUCAUGGAGACGUUCGGUCGAAGCCCCCCCCCCCACCCAAAGGCGGCGCCGCCUCUGUCGCCGACGCCCGACGAGCAGCUGCAGAGGAUCCUGCUGAGACGGCGGGACGCACUAGAGCCCCAACGGCACGACGCCGGUCUCCCCCCCGCUGUGUGAGGGGGGGCCACGGGGCCCACGGGACGAUCCACCUCAAAACCCGUAGACCGGAUGCGGGUCGACGGAGGAGUCACACGUCCG